GUUAUUUUUUAAUAACAAGACAAGAACAAAUUAAUUUCAUCAUAGUUUUAUUAUUAUUUUUUUUAAUCAAUUGACGCCUCCUGUACAGAAUGGAUAUAGCAGAUACAAUUAAAUUUCGUGAUAUAUGUUCUAUGUUAAAGAAAAUUAAGGAAUAUGAAAAUAAAGAUAAAAAAGCAAAAAUUGUUAAACAAUAUUAUGAUUCAUUUUGUAAACAUCGAGAAAAAUUCAGGGAACAGCAACAAUUGAAACCAGAAAUGGAAGAGGAUGGACGCAGUAGUUUCUAUUGUGUAUUAAGAUGUCUGAUACCAAAUGCCGAUAUGGCUCGUCCCCCAUAUGGCCUGCAAAUACCCUCUUUGGGUAAGGUGUUUAUUAAGAUUUUACAGUUGGGUUCGGAGUCAAGAGAUGCUGAAAUCCUAGAAGCUCGCAAUUUUAAUGGAUUUCGCGGUGACUAUGCCGAUAGGCUUUAUCGAGUCCUAAAGCCACGUUGCAGCCAUCAACCUAGUAAUUUAACGCUAAAACAAGUGCAUGACAUGUUAGAUACUAUAGCAAAUGAAAAUCGAUUAAAUACGGAAAAAGUUCUUAUACAACUCUCUGAAACCGCUUCGGCUGAAGAACAAAUGUGGUUUGUGCGUCUUCUAUUAAAAUCUAUGCAUUUGGGUAUUGGAGAUCAACGUAUUUUUGGCAUAUUACAUCCACAGGCCAAGGCAUUUUUUCAAAUCUGCGCCAAUCUCUCUAAAUUGUGUUGCAAUAUUGCUGAUAAUAAUUUUAAUCUAGCCAUCUCAGCACCAUCAACUUCAUCUGCAUUAGGAGCUUUAGAUUUACCCGUCAACAUACAGCCUUUUGAAUAUAUUAGACCGCAGCUGUGUGAAAUAUUUCCUGGUAAUAUAGAAAAUCUCAUGGCAAAGGAUGUUUUAUAUAUGGAAACUAAAAUGGAUGGUGAAAGAUUCCAGUUACAUUAUGAAAAUAAUCGUUUUAAAUAUUUCUCCCGUAAUGGCAUUGAUUAUACGCAUAGCUUUGGUUCCUGCUAUGAUGAGAACAAUAAAUUGACCACGAAACUUCAGCAUCUUUUACCCAUAGGUAUGACUUCAGUGAUUCUAGAUGGUGAAAUGAUGGUGUGGAAUACUUAUCAUAAUAAGUAUCAUGAAAAGAGUGAAAAUACUGAUGUUAAAAAUUUAAAUAAUACCCGCAAUUGUCAACCUUGUUUUGUGGUCUAUGAUCUGUUGUUUUGGAAUGGUGAAUCAAUGCUAAAAAUGCCCUACAUACAGAGAAUGCAUAAACUGAAGCAUUUGUUUAAGGAGCAGGAGGGUGUUUUGCAGCUAAUGAAAACUGUUAAGAUAACAUCGCCGGAAGAUUUUACGCAGAAAUUUCAACAAGCUUUGGAUCGACACGAAGAGGGUGUUGUGUUGAAACAACAGAGAGCGUCUUAUGCACCAGGACGUAGGAAUGGUAGUGGAUGGUAUAAGGUUAAAGCAGAUUAUAUAAAAGGCUUAACGACUGAAUUCGAUCUUCUGGUCAUCGGUGCAUUUUUCAAUCGUACUCGCACAUUUGUAGAAUCUUUCCUGGUAGGUGUGCUUAAAUAUGUUUCUCUUCAACAAUUCGAAGUCUAUUCGAUUGGCAAAGUUAGCAACAAUACUACACAACGAGUUGUUCUAAAUAACACUUUAAAACCUCAUUGGCAUUUAGCUACGGAGGAGCCACCACCAUUGUGGUAUCAUUAUAGGGAAACAAGUGCCGAAGGUCGACCAGAUGCCUGGAUAGAACCCAGAAAUUCUGUUAUUUUGCAAAUAAAAGCUACCGAUUUAAAUCCUUCUGGUGCUUUUGCUUUAUCAAUGGCUUUACAUUUUCCACGUAUACAAGCCUGGCGUAACGAUAAAUUGUGGCAUGAAUGUUUGUCUUUGGAGGAAUACAACCAAUUGAAACAAUGUUCUGGUGGAGGUGCCAUCAAAAAGAUUGUUAAGAGAACUGUAAUUUCAAAAGAUUUUACUGCGGAAAGGGCAAAACGCACGAAAAUGACAGCGGCUGAGAAACGUAAUCUGGGUUUGCAGGCAUAUAACAAAAAGUUUGAUCCCUCUAAUGUGGAAAAAAUUUCAAAUUUAUUGAAUGACUUUAGUGUUUGUAUACUAAGUGCUUCCCUAAAUAGGGGCUAUACUCCGGAGUAUUUAAAAACUUUGGUCGUGCAAAAUGGUGGAACUGUUGUAGACAAUCCAUUACCCAAUAAUCCCACUUGCAUUGUGAUAGCCGGUGAUAAAACCUAUCGCGUGGAAAUGCUUUGUAAAGCCCAACAAUAUGACAUAGUCUCUAUGGAUUGGUUUUUGUAUAUUUGUGAAAAACAAAUAUUCAAAUUAAGACCACGUGAUAUGUUGUCCAUGACUGACAAUCUAAGAGAACGUUUCAGCAAAUUCUAUGAUAAAUGGGGUGAUCAUUAUACGGAGUUUGUUUCAUCCAAAGAACUUAAACGUAUAUGUGAUCAUAUGCCAGAUAAAGAUGUACCUGAUCUGGAUGAUGAACAAUUGUUGGAAUUAGAAAACUUAAUAUACAAAAAACUUAAUCGUAAUUGGUUCCGUAAUAAAUAUGCCUAUUUCUAUACUUUCGAUGCGCAAUCGGAAAAGGCAAAUUUGAGUUAUCAAUGGCAUGGUGGAAAUGUUUUAAAUGAUAGUAAUUUAAAUUCGGAGUCUUAUAAGAAAAUAAAUUAUAUUUUUAUAAAUCUCAUACAAUUUGAUAAAACAAAAUUUUUGCAUUGGCUUAAGGAGAGAUUUUCCGAUAAUUUGUCAGAUUUACAGAUUAUUAAUGUAACAUGGAUUUUGGAAUCGCAUAAAGCUAGAAUAUUGCUAGAUAUUAAUGAAUAUACAUGGCAUGAUUUUUAAAUAUUUUUUUGUUCAAUAUUUUUCCGCAAUUAUUACUAUUUUAUACAAUUGACUAAAUAUUUUAUUUUGUAAAUAUAAACGCAACUAAGUCUAAUGUCUCUACUGUUUGUUGUCGCUUGUUUUGUAAGUUUGUAUUUUGAUUAAAAUAAAGUUUUGUAAAACAAAAUA